AUGCCCCUGCGAUCUAUUGUGCAUUCCCCAGAGCGAGCGAAGCGCGAGCUGUUGCAGGAGUUAAGGGAGACGAAGGUGUGCAAAGCAGAGGUGGACAAGCUGAAAGACCAGCUUGGGGUCCUCACGAGCCAACUGGAGAGUACCAAGCAACAGCUGAACGGGGCCAUCACUGAGCUGGAGAAGGAGAAGGCCAAAGCUGAGAGCGUGCUCCGGCACAAAGAGUCCCUGCAGACCAAGCAAAUGACUCUGAUGAAGCAGCUGGAUAAUUUGGACCAGGAGUGUGAGCAGCUGAAGACCAGCCUGGCUGACAGGGAGGAGGACCAGUACAUCUUGAAGGAGAGGCUGAAGGAGAUGCAGGAGGAGAAGUGGGAGAUCCAGCACCAGCUGGCAGCCCAGCAGAAGCAGACAGAGCGAGCGCAGAAGGAAAAGCUGAGCCUGGAGCAGCGUGUGUCUGAGCUGCAGACAACCGUCUCUGAGCUGAAAGAGCUGAUUGAGGAGUUGAAGGACAGGGAGAGGCUGCUGGUCCUCUUCCCAGACCUUCACAUCCCUGUUGAGGCACAGUAUGAAGGCACUGGGGACGUCAUGGAGGACAUGGGCAAGCAGCUGCAGGCCAACAACAUUCGUAUCAGCAUCCUGGAGGAAGAGAACUCACGCCUCCGAACCGCAGUGGCCAAAAUGAGAGAGGCAGCCCAGCAGGAAGGGCCUAAGCUUGUUCCUCCAACCCAGCUGUGGAAUCUGUCCUCUCCCCAAGACAGCGGGACGCACACGCCAACCAGGCAUCCCGCACGUACGAGUGCCCAGGGAGCAGCGCUGAGGCCUCCUGCCAGCCCCAAGAGCCCAGGGAGCCCAACCCCACACAGAUCUAAGAGCACCCGCAAUGCCUCGAAGAACGGCUCCCCCUUCCGAAGCCAGCAGUCAAAGCCGUCUGCGGGAGAGGCCACCCGGAAAUCGGCGUUCACCUUCAUCUCUGAGGAACAAGCCAUCCGAGCCCACGCCCGGGGGAAAGGGAAAAGCAGAACCCCAGGCCACUCGGCCCGUUGCAACAGGAAACACCAGAAAUAACAAUAAAAAGGCCCUGCAGAGCAAGUUCAGAAGGUUGCCAACAUUUCCAAAGAAAAGCAAGGAGUGGGGGGGGGCGGGUUUGGUGGCGAAGGGAGAACAAAUGGCUGGACCUCUCCCUGGCUGCAAAUAAUCACCGGUGCAAUGCUGUUCCUGUGCUCGGGUGGUCAUGCACCUUUGCAAUGGUGACCCCUCCAGGUGACCCUCACCAAAGUCUUUAUAGGUAAUUGAUGAGUUCACUAAGGCAAGGAUGCAGGAACAAUCUUUCUGUGUCUUUUGCCCUGCUCUGAGUUGCCAGGUCUAGUAACCUCCCUGCAAAAAAAAAACCCCAAUAGCGUGGGGAAUUUGGCUUCCAUUUUAAAAAAAUCAACCUCCCUCCCAAAAACACCCCACCAAUUUCAGUUUGUAAAUGACAGAGAGGCGAGAAAGAGAGGGUAUUAGCUUCUUUCCCCUGAAAUCCAGUCCAUUGUGGUAGGACGGUCACCUGAGCACAGAACUGGCAUUCUUUGGCAGGGUGAGGAAGGUUCUCCAAGUGUGACUGGACCAAAAGCAGACUAGGAAGGUGGGAGUAAGAACCUCAACAAUAUACAUGUCACAACUGUGAUGGCCAGGAGGGGCUGCGGCCAGUGGAACUUCUCCCUAGUUAAAGUAAUUUGUGUGUUUAGCUCUUCCGCAUCUUCCAACAGGAAAUGCAGUGGUGGAGGGGAUCCUCAGAGGGGAAGUGGCCCAGUCAAGGAUCCCCUGCAGAAAAGAAGCAGAUCAUUGUAACGCAGAUGUCCAAUUUUUCUUAGCUCCUUUUCUGACCUAGGGGGGUAAAGCCAGAUGCUUUUCGUCUUAACUUGGGUGGAAAAGGCCAAGAACUCUUCCCUGCUAAAGGCUGCGUGUGGGUUCUAGACAAGAACACACAGCAAAAAAGCAGAGUAAAUGGAGUUCAACAUUUGGAGAAUCUCAAUGUUGUUGUUAUUUUUAAAAGCAUGUUUCUAAACCUAGUUUGCUGCAAGUACAGGCCUUCUAAGCCCCUCUGCCUUCCAGCUGGAUCAACCGCCUCCAGUUCCCCUCUGAGUGAGGCUUCCUAGAAUUAUUUUACAGUAUUUCUGAACCUUAUAACCCGUGCUUCACAAGAACAAAGUAGCUUCCAUUAAUUACAGUUGUGGACAUAAUUAAAAUAAUACCAUGUGCAAUAAAAUUAUGACAUCAAUCAA